UGAGAUUCCUGAGAGAGCAUAGAAAGGAAAAGAAAAACAGAGUAGCGGACAAAAUUUGAAAACAAAGGCUGAAAUUUGAAGAAACAGAGAUCAUUGGGUUGAAAUAUAUGGCAGAGGUUGUCUUGCUAGUCGAUGAUUUGAAAUUACUUUCUGGGGUUCCUCGUUGUAGAAUAUGUCAUGAAGAAGAGUUUGAAAGCUCAGAAACCAUGGAAGCACCUUGUGCUUGUUCUGGGACCGUUAAGUUUGCUCAUAGAGAUUGCAUACAGAGAUGGUGCAACGAGAAAGGAAAUACAACAUGUGAAUUAUGUCUCCAGCAAUAUGAACCCGGAUACACAGUUCCGCCAAAGAAGUCUAAGAUAAAUGAUGAAGCAACGUCCAUUAGGGAUGAGGAAGAAGCAUCAAACGGAAGAAUAGAGAUUAUGGUUGAAGGAGUUGCAAUAGAAAGCGAGUACUCUGAAUGCAGCUCAGCCGCUGACAGAAGCGCGUCUUGCUGUCGAUCACUAGCUAUAGCUUUUACACUAGUCUUACUUGUAAGACAUCUUUUCGCAGUGCUUACAAAUGGAACGGAAGAUUACCCAUUUACUCUACUAACUGUCAUUAUAUUAAAGGCUACCGGAAUUAUUAUACCCAUGUACAUAAUAAUUAAGACAAUCGGCGCCAUUCAGAACUGUCAGGAUCCUGACUAUGACACGUCAACAUCUGACGAAAAUGAGACGGCAUAAUGUAAAUUCCUAGAUUAUUUGCUUAGUGUAUCAGAGCAUUAUGAUGAUGCUCGUCAAAUUCAAAUAUUUUGCGGGAUAAUUUAUAAUAAAAUAAAUAAAGUAAUAACUUGUGCAACA